AUGAGUUCCGACGACGAUUUCGAGGUCGAGGUGCCUGAUCUGGCCCAGGACGAUCCCAUGAGGGCUUUCCUGCCCACGUCAUUUGGCAAGAAGUCGAAGGAAGCCGAUAUCGCAGCCCAGAUCGACCGGAGUCGAAGAACGGUGCCCAUAAGCGCGCCCGAGGCCAGCGGUGGACAAGGCAAGAAGAGCCAGGAACCCAAGAAGAAGCAGGAUUCGAGCGACGACGACGACGACAGCGAUGACUCGGACGAUUCUGACGACGAAGAUGAAUUUCCCGUAUCUCACGAACUCGUACUCAAGACCCACGAUCGCGCAGUAACCACUGUUUCCCUGGAUCCUGCGGGAGGACGGUUAGCGACCGCUUCGACAGAUUGUUUUAUUAAGCUUCACGAUUUUGCUUCCAUGACCCCGACCACAUUGCGAGCAUUUCGAACCGUUGAUCCCUACGAGACGAAGGCGUCAGCAGCGAGCUCCGAAUCCCACCCAAUCCACCAUAUCGAGUUCAACCCUCUCGCUGGAGGUGUUUUCCUCUGCGUUUCCGCGCACCCGCAGGCCAAGAUCAUGUCUCGAGACGGCGACAUUAUCACAGAGUUUGUCAAGGGAGAUAUGUAUCUUCGUGACAUGAACAACACCAAGGGUCACAUUUCCGAGAUUUCAACAGGGACGUGGCAUCCCACUGACAAGAACCUUUGCGUCACUGCUGGUACGGAUAGCACGCUCAGAAUCUGGGACAUCAACAACAAGCGGAAGCAGAGGGAUGUCGUCGUUUUCAAGUCCAAGGCCGCAGGUUCUGCUGGCCGUACCAAGAUGACCGCGGUCGCAUGGGGAACCCCAGCACAGGGAGGCAACAAUAUUCUCGUCGCGGCGGCUCUCGAUGGCUCACUCGUCAUGUACAGCGGCAACAGUCCUUUCUCGCGACCGGCAGGGGAGAUUCGCGAUGCCCACAAGCCUCAGACAUGGACCAGCGGCAUUGAUAUUUCCUCAGAUGGUCGCAUGGUGGUUACGCGAGGCGGCGACGACUUGAUCAAGCUCUGGGAUACUCGCAAAUUCACCAAACCUCUCGUCACGGUUUCGCACCCCUCGACUUCGGAUCACUACCCGACGAGCAAUAUCAAAUACGCGCCGAACUCGACAAGCAUCAUUACAGGCUCGGCCACAGGCCAUCUCCAUAUUCUGAACCCGGGCAAUCUGCGCGCGGAACAUGUCACUCCCAUAACGCCUGGAUCGCCCCUCAUCACAGUGGAUUGGCAUCCCAAGAUUAACCAGAUCAUCACAGGUUCAGCUAAUGCCGAGACACACGUCUUGUACAACCCCCAGAUGUCGACUCGAGGAGCAGUAGAUGUCAUGUCGCGAGCCCCGAAGAAGCGCCAUAUCGACGACAACCCUGAAUUGACGAUGGACCAGUCCCUUGGCAUAUCCGGCGAUUCUAUUGUGACACCGGGUGCCAUGGGGGGAUCAAGGAAAUCUGGAGUUACCGCAUCAGGCCGAUCGAAGGAUCCACGACGACCGCAUAUUCCCCAGCAGACGCCUUUCCAGAAGAACCAGCCGGACGAGAAGCAUGUCGUGGAGAAUAUCCCACUUGCGCGCAUGCUGCACGAGGAUCCACGAGAAGCUUUGUUGAAGUACGCUGACAAGGCCAAGAGUGAUCCCAUGUUCACCAAGGCCUGGAGUAAGACGCAGCCUGAGACUCAGUACGCCGAGUUGAGCGACGAGGAGGAAGCGGGCCCUGACAAGAAGAGGCUCAAGAGGUGA